UUGAUAACAGCGAGUUAGCGCAUUUCAAAGCUUGGCCCCGCGUAACACUACACGGCUAUUCAAGGAAUUAAUUCGAUUCCUAUUGUUUGUAAACUUUGGCAGAUUUCACGCCGAAGUUGACUUCAGGACCGGACGGGCGAUCGGCAGGCAAGCAUUCUUUCUGUUAGUGCGAAUCUGGAGGCCUUGUGCUGUCCUAAAGGUAGUACCCUAAAGAGACCUUGAAACAAUAUGAAGGUUUUCCUUGUUGGAUUUCUGCUAAUUUCCGUGGCUCUCGCAAGCGAGCGAAGCAACGUCCAAUUGCCUGAAAAAAUCGAAAGCGUGACAGCUGUUGUAGGAAGAGUUUUUGUAUAUAAUUUGCCAAACGAGGGUGGCCAUGAAACCAUAUCUAAGGCAAUCCAAAGAGGACAAGAGACACUGCCACAGUGGCUGUCUUUCAAUGCAGGAAAGUCGUCUUUACUUGGAGUUCCCUCAUGGCGUGACAGAGGCGGAAUUUUGAUCGAUUUUCAAUCGCAAGAUGGAGUUGUUGUACAUUCACUACAAAUCGAGAUCAAGGACUUGCGUGACGGAGCGUUACAGCCCGCGUCACGCUCAAACAAUACUAAGGAGUUUUCUUAUUCAAAACCGAAGUGCCCUAAGGGACUACCUGUCGCAGCGGCCUCCAUUAUACUUGACUAUCACUUGGAGAAAACCACAGGGUUAACAAGGGUAGAGAUUAUGAACAAAGUGAGCGAGUUUGUCGACGUGGAUGUUGGAAAUCUGCACAUGUUGGCGGGAAAAGGACACAACACAGCAUUCGGGCUCAAGGAUGUGAUUACAGUCACAGCAGGCCCAGGAAAUGUUGGGGACCCUAAGCAACCGGGCCUGGUUAUCUCUUGGCAGAUUGGAUGCGGUAUUGAUAUUCCUAUGGCUGGAGUAAGAAUAGCAACCUUCCUUAAAUCAAGCGCGGAGACUGGAUCUUUCGGUCCGGUGCUUGGUCUCCCUGUGUCUGAGUGGCAUAUAUCCAUUGGUUACCCUAAAGAACCUCGUCAAAGAACGCGUGGGCAAGUUGCACAGGACAGUUCUCCUAAAGUUGUUAAACGAUCAACGAAAAGAAACGUCCGAGCGAUUCAAGCAACCCCUACUCCGACUCUGACCACCGUUCCUCCUACUUCGGUCGUCGCCAGUGUCACAAUAACUGUUACAAGGACAAGUUCUGUUGUUCCGACUUCAACUAUAGUCCCAACUACAACUCCGGUAGCUCCGACAACCACCGAACAACCGACGACAACACAACAGCCAACCACCACACAGCCACCUACAACGACAGAGAAACGGACCACGACCGAGAAACCAACGACCACUCGGGAGCCAACUACUACCCAGCCAACAAUCACGACAGUAAAACCGACCACCCCCGAAGAGACGACUACUACCGAAAAACGAACUCCCACCACGGAAUUAACCACUACCAAACCACCGAAAACGACCGUAAAAUCGACCACCAUCAAAGAAACGACCACCUCCACAGAAUCCACGACAACCGAGCGUACGACCACGAAGGAAAAACCGUCCACCACCGAAGAACCGACUCCCACCGAGAAAUCGACUACCGCCCCAGAACUUACCACCACAACACGAAUGUCGACGAAAGAAACGGCAACUACUACCGGAGAGUCGACUACUACGGAACAACCAGCUGCCACGACAAAACUGACCACAACCGAGCGAGCGACGACAACCGAACAGCCGAGCUCUACAACGACCACUACAGAAAAACCGACAGCUACUGAACUAACGACAACAACAGAACAAACGACGAAAACAGAACAAACGACAACAACAAAACAAACAAUAACAAAACAAACAACAACAAAACAAGCAACAACGACAUCAACGCCAAGCACGACUGUUCUAUCGACCACUAAGAAAUUAACAACUACAGAGCAACCAACAAGACCCCCUACCCCUAUAAAAUUAUCGACUACAGAGCAACCAACAAGACCUCCUACCAAAGUGGUGUCACCAACCAUCUCCUUCCCAAGGACGGUGAACGAGAUUGGUGCCAUUGAUAUUAAUCGAGGCCAAGUGUUUCGGUUCCAUAUCCCUCAGGACACGUUUUAUGAUAAUCAAGAUUUUUUCACUCCAAACUUGACUCUUGCCUUGAACACGUAUGAAUGGAAGCCUCUCGGGAAUAAUUACUCAUGGAUCAAAUUUGAUGCCGAAAAACAGGUAAUUUAUGCCUUUCCGAUCGACAAAGAAACAGUCGGUAUUCACGAAUUUAUGAUGAUCGCGAGAGAUAAAGAUGGAAAUAUGGGUUUUGAUGCAUUCCAGAUAAACGUUGUGGACGAUUCAUCAGUCUCCUACAAUCAUCGGUUUACUCUAGAAGUCGAUUAUGAUUACGAGGAAUUCUCCAAAGACUUUGACAACCAAAUGAAGCUUGUUACAAAGCUUGCAAAUUAUUUUAACGUGAACUCGAGUAGCAUCAGAACCGUAUCAUUCACUGCUGGAUCUGUGGUAAUGAAAUUCCAGUUCGAUUCAUCAGAGGUUCCCUACGACGAGUGUGAUUUUCCUCAGAGAGCAAAAUUCCUUUCUGAGGAUGGUGAUGAUGUUAAUCCUGAUCUUAAAAAGGCUCUUGAGCCCGAGUUCCCAGUCGAAUCAGGAAAUUUUGAAGGUCUCGGACCCUGCGGAGCUGUGGUAGACGUGCUGCCGGCAACAAAAUCAGGUCGGUGGAAGACCUACGUGAUUAUCCCAGUGGUGAUUCUUGCCGUGGUGCUUCUUGUGGUGGGCAUAUGUCUGUUCCUUGUUUUGCGGUCGCGUAAGAGACGAAAGCUCUCUCUAGAAGACCAACAACUCUACGUGUACAAGCGCAAACCGGCUGUACUUCAGGAAGAGUACGAGGUCAAGGAAAGACUUCUUAAACAGCCCCUGGUGUUGCCGAACGAGAAACCACCCCUCGCUGCCCCAGUUCACCCGAGGAGCCCAUCCCUAAAGCACCAAAACGGCGAGCCGCCCCAGUCCUCAUCUUAUCAGGCCCCGACUUUCACUUCAUUCAUACAGUCGAGCAAUCAGGGAACACCCAACGGAAACAGCCCCCGGAAACCAGGGUAUUCGGGAUACCGGUUACCCCCGGCGUAUGUGCCCCCUUGAGGACAAUUUACCACAUAGGAUCGUUUGUUACUAUCGCGUGACUUGCAAAAAAUGAAGAGGCGAGACUUAGUACCAAAACUGAAUACUGAAUUUAUUACUCGUGUUAACGUAGAAGAAACUCGACGAUUUCCAUCGUCUGAAGAGUUGUAAGCAAUGUAUGUCUUCGGUAAUCGAGCUUCCUCGCUCAAACUUGAUAUUCUUAAUUCUUAAUGUGCCGACUCUAAAGCGAAAAAGACAGCGAAUUUUGGUCUAAGUUUUCUUUGCGGAAUUUUUUUUAACCCAGUUUUAUGUUCUGCGCAUACCCAUCAACCGAAAACUAGAAUGAAAAACUGGCUUCUCUGUUGAUUAUGAAAAUAGGUUUUUAAAUCCAUUAUAAGCCAGGGUUGUUUCAAAAAUAACAUUACCUCACGAAAUUCCAGUAUCUGAAAAAGAAGCAACACCCUUAUUGUCGAGGAUUUCCGUAGUAAUUAAGCGACUAUAUAUAACAAUUUAAGCCUCUAAAAAAGGGCUUACCACAAAUACUCUUUACAAAAAUGCGUCAAAAGGAAGAUGAAGAAGGAGCGGUGCAGAGAGAAGAUUCAAGAAUUCCACAUCGUUACGAAAUUAUGAAGCUUAUACAUUUCGAAUCUCACAAAUAUCGCUCACAGUUGCAUCGGUGUGGAUGCUGUUUUGUUUUUAACCCGCUUAUCAAAAUGUAUGUAUGUCUACAAUUAGGUUAUAAUCCUUGUGCCUGUUUAACUAAUUUUUAAAAACGCAUUAAGAGAUUAAAUUGAUAACUUUUUCACUGA